AUGCUCGAAAUCCGCAAGGAUGAAGCUACCACAAGCCAGGGUAUUGUCAACGUACUGCCUUGCCGCGUCCACCAUACCGGGUCGAUCGAGCCGUCUUCAGCCUAUUGGAAUCCCACUGCAGAUGAGAACGAAACCCGAACUGCCUAUCUUCGAGGCAGGAAACUUCAGGGAAAAACCGCAUCAUUACCAGCAAACUAUCGAGGAGUCGUUCUUCAACGAAAAGACGACGAACCUAACCCUGCCGAGCAGCCGGAUGUCAUGAUAGUUGGAGAAGAUGGAGAAGAUGAAUCUUCUCCAAGAAUUGGAACAAUGCACACCGUGACCGAAUUCGACAAGAUGGUUGUCUGGUCCCACGAUGCGCUUGCUGAUGCCUCGUCGGAUCCCUACCUAAGAGGUGUGGAGGAAUGGCUUCAAGUGGCGAACAGUAUUCACUCUUACUCUACUGAGGACGGCGACAAAGCGAAAUGA